AACCUAGACUUACUAUAACAACCUAGCUGAGUGAUUUUAUUUUUGUUCUCUUUUUGGAGAGGCUUUGAAACUUUCUGCUGAAAAACAAAGAUGGCUGGAAAGCUGAUUUUAUUUCUCACUGGCUGUCUACUGAAAGAUGCCAUUUCUAACAAGUUUGGGAUCUCUUCGCUGCGGACAGUUAUCGUUUUGAGAGGGUCCUGUGCGACUGUUCCCUGCUCAUUUGAAUUUCCAGAUAACUACAAAGAACAUUUCAAUGACCAAUGUGAAAGAACCUGGGUUUACUCUGAAAACAAUGAUCAAAGGCUAAGUAACAUCAACGAAAUAACAGGAAAAUUAGGAGAUAAAAACUGCACCACCAUCUUUAAGAAUUUGCAGCCUGAACAUUCAAACAUGUAUUACUUUAGACUGGAAUGCAAAAACCCUCUUAAAUACACUUAUAAAGAAGCAGGUUUAAAAAUUCAAGUCAAAGAGAACGCUCCCCCACCAACUCUGACUCCGUCCACACUGAGGGUGAAGGAGGGAGACUCAGUGAGUCUGAGAUGCUCUGCUCCGGCUCCCUGUCUGCCUCAUCCCCCAUCUUUGACAUGGACCCCAACACUGGGUGGCAUUCAGGAGACACUGCAGGAGAACCCGGACAAAUCUUUUGUUAAGAUCUCUGUUCUGAACUUCACUGCUUCUCACCUCCAUGAUGGACAGAAAAUUUCCUGCACUGCUGUUUACAGAAAGCAAGACGGAAAUUCUGAUGCAUCUCUUACCACAAAUAUAAUGGCAAAUGUUUUGUUUCCUCCUUGGAUCCUGCCUUCGUCUAAUUGUAUCAAAACUGCAAGUCAGAUCAACUGUUCCUGUGAAACUAUGGGUAACCCAUCCAUGAUACAAUGGCUUUUGGAUGGACAACCUGUCAACCAAUCUGGCAAAGUUACUGUCAUCACCGAGCCUCUGAAUACCACAUAUCUGAGGAGCGUCGUCAUUUUGAAUCAAGCACAGCACAGAUAUCUUUCCUCCUUGGUCUGCAUCAGCUUCAACUCUUUGGGAUCAGUGUCUAAACAGUUUCCUGUUGAAAACUUUAAUCAAGAUAAACUGCUGAUGUUUGUGUUCAUCGCUACAACUGUCAUCUCGCUUGUUCUAGUGUGUGUCUUGGUGUUCGUCAUCAGGUUUCUUAGGACACAUCAUGACACUAAAAUGAAUACAGCGGCAAGAAAAAAGGUCCAAGCCACAAAAGAAGAAGACGUGUAUGUCAACACCAGAGAGCUGUUCAAUGAGUAGCUCAAUCUGCAACUAGCGGACACAAAUAAUCAUUUGUAUUGUGCUUGGUGAUUUUUUUUCAAAAUACUUUUGAUCAAAGAAACUAUAAAGUGUAAAUAAGUGCUG